UGCAGUAGGCGCGCUCAGCUCGAACGCAACGGAAGCCCAGUUUGAACGCGGUCGACGGAAGUUUUGAGAUAAUCAAAAAAAAAAUAAAGAAAACCGUAAAAAAGGCAGCCAUGUAUUCGGUUAAAGUUCUGGCUUUGUGCCUGAUCAGCUGUUGCUGUUGUUUGGGCAUCAAUGCCAAGCUGGAGGAAAGAUUCUCAUGGAAGCAGCUGACCUUCGACUGGCCCAGCGCAGAGGCCGAGACGGAGGCCAAAAGCAACGGACACUACAUAGCGGAGAACAAUUUACCGCUCGGCGUGGAGCGCUGGGAAAACAAAAUCUUUGUCACUGUGCCAAGAUGGAAGGCAGGCGUGGCGGCUACACUGAACUACAUUGAUCUGACGACCAGUGAAAAAUCACCGAAACUGCGUCCGUAUCCCAGCUGGGAGGCCAACAAGCUGCCAAUUGAUGUGCAGCCACAGGAGCAGAAGACGCCCGCCGGUGGCCGAUUGGAUGCGGAGAAGGCGCAAGAUGCGGGUGUACAAUUACAGGACAAUGCCACCAUAAUUUCCACCUUCCGCAUUCAGGUGGAUGCCUGCGAUCGUCUUUGGGUGUUGGACACCGGUCUCGCCGAUAUUUUGGGCAAUCCCAAGCAGAUUACACCCAAUUCGAUUUUAGUGUUUGAUCUGAAAACGGAUCAGCUGCUGCGCCGCUUUGCCAUACCCGCCGAACAGACCAAGGAGGACACGUUCUUUGCUAAUAUUGUGGUCGAUGUGGAGCGAGAACAGUGCGAUGAUGCGUUUGCAUAUGUCCCAGAUUUGGGCGCAUAUGGCGUCAUUGUCUACUCCUAUCGGGACAACAAAUCCUAUCGUGUAAAGCACAAUUACUUCCACUUUGAACCGCUGCAGGGUGAUUUCAAUGUUGCAGGCGUGAAUUUCCAAUGGACCGAUGGCGUAUUCGGCUUGGCCGUUGGCCCACUGAAUCCCGAUCACACCAAGGAUAUAUACUUCCAUGCGCUGGCCAGCACCAAGGAGUUCAAGGUCUCCAAUCGUGUGCUCCAAAACGAAAGUCAUGUUAAUGGCGGCGAAUCCUAUCAUGAUUUUAAACUUGUCGGCGAUCGCGGCAUGAACGGACAGUCGACGGCCGAGGCGUACGACAAGGAGACAGGCGUGUUGUUCUACACGCAGGUGAACAAGGAUGCCAUCGCCUGCUGGAAUGUCAAUCGUCCAUAUACAGCGGAUACACAGGGCCUCAUUGAUUCCGAUUCGCAUACUUUGGUCUUUCCCAACGAUCUAAAGGUAGACAGCACUGGCUCACUCUGGGUACUAUCCGACAGAAUGCCCACCUUUCUGUACAAGGAGCUGGACCACACGGCCGUCAACUAUCGCAUUUUGACCGGCAAGAGUCGUGAUCUUAUCAAGGGUACGCCAUGCGAACAAAUGAAGAGCUACAGCCAAUUUAAUUUAAACGCUGUUGCCGCCGCACCGCCCGCCAUUGUCUACGAGAACGCAGCCGCAGCAGUAGCAGCCGGCAGCAAUAGCAACUCCUUGGAGCAUACUCAGCUGCACAGUCACAGCCAGGAUAUGCCGCACUUUGGACUGGGCAGUGCGCCGCCGCCACAGCAGCAGCAGCUACAAGUGCAUCAUCAACAACAACAACAACAACAACAGCAGCAGCAGCAACAACAACAACAAAUGCAACUAUCAAUGCUGCCGGUUGCUGUUCCAGGUCCAUACCGGUCGCACAUUGAGGAAAAGAAGCUGACGCGCGAUGCCAUGGAGAAGUACAUGCGCGAGCGCAACGACAUGGUCAUCGUCAUACUGCACGCCAAGGUGGCACAGAAAUCCUAUGGCAAUGAGAAGCGUUUCUUCUGCCCGCCGCCGUGUAUCUAUCUGUUUGGCAGCGGCUGGCGUCGACGCUACGAGGAGAUGCUGCAGCAGGGCGAGGGCGAGCAGGGGGCACAGCUGUGCGCAUUCAUUGGCAUUGGCAGCAGCGAUCAGGAUAUGCAGCAGCUGGAUCUCAAUGGCAAACAGUAUUGUGCAGCCAAGACGUUGUUUAUAUCGGAUUCGGAUAAGCGCAAGCAUUUCAUGCUGUCGGUGAAAAUGUUCUAUGGCAAUGGCCACGACAUUGGCGUAUUCAAUUCCAAGCGCAUCAAGGUCAUCUCGAAGCCGUCCAAAAAGAAGCAAUCCCUCAAGAAUGCCGACCUGUGCAUAGCCAGCGGCACCAAUGUCGCCCUCUUCAAUCGCCUGCGUUCCCAAACUGUCUCGACUCGGUAUCUGCACGUGGAGAACGGGCAUUUCCAUGCCUCAUCGACACAAUGGGGCGCAUUCACGAUACAUCUGCUCGAUGAUAAUGAAUCCGAAUCGGAGGAGUUUCAGGUGCGCGAUGGUUAUAUACACUAUGGUGCCACCGUUAAGCUGGUAUGCUCUGUUACGGGCAUGGCGCUGCCGCGUCUAAUCAUACGCAAAGUCGAUAAACAGAUGGCACUGCUGGAGGCCGAUGAUCCGGUCUCGCAGCUGCACAAGUGCGCCUUUUACAUGAAGGACACGGAUCGCAUGUAUCUCUGCCUGUCACAGGAGAAGAUCAUACAAUUUCAGGCCACGCCCUGCCCAAAGGAGCCCAACAAAGAAAUGAUCAACGAUGGCGCUUGCUGGACAAUCAUAUCCACCGACAAAGCCGAAUAUCAGUUCUACGAGGGCAUGGGUCCCGUUGCCUCACCGGUGACGCCAGUGCCAAUUGUUAAUUCGCUGAAUCUUAAUGGCGGCGGCGAUGUGGCCAUGCUGGAGCUGAGCGGCGAUAACUUUACGCCGCAUUUGCAGGUCUGGUUUGGCGAUGUCGAGGCGGAGACCAUGUAUCGCUGCGCAGAAACGCUGCUCUGUGUGGUGCCCGAAAUCUCACAAUUUCGCGGCGAAUGGCUUUGGGUGCGACAGCCCACGCAGGUGCCAAUAUCGCUGGUACGCAACGAUGGCAUCAUUUAUGCCACUGGGCUGACAUUCACCUAUACGCCGGAGCCGGGUCCGCGAUCGCAUUGUAAUCAGGCUGACGAUGUUAUGCGUACGCGUCACAACAACAAUAACAUCACAAGCAUUAGCAACAAUAAUAACAAUAGCAACAACAACAAUAACAACAACAACAGCAACAACAGCAACAGCAGCAAUUCACCAGCUGGCGGCUCCAGCUUACAGCAGAGCAUGCAACAGCAGACGCAUCAAACGCUACCCUCCAUCUCGGAAGUGCAAUGGAAUAGUCAUGGGAGCGGCUUGUCUUGAGUGCGGCAGUAUUGCUAUUAUUUGCAAUUUCAUAUACAUUUAUUUAUGCCAAGUUAUUUAAAGUUCGUCUAGCACAUAUUUAGUUUUUAAACACAUGCUUAGUUCUUAAGUUGUUCACUCUCCCCCACCCCCUCUCACUCUCUCAAUGCGAGGCGAACAAAACGAAAACCAAUUUCAAGUUGACCAAUAUUAUCAUUUUGUAGUGCUAGCCGGUACCAAUAGAUGUAUAAAUGCAAAAUAUAUUUGUAAAUAACUCGAAAGAGCUCACUGACAUAAAGAAUUAAAUGUAACUCUAGUUAAAUAUACAUUUAUAUAGUAUAUAGAACAUUUGAUGUAUAUGCUGGGCCUAUGCGUUGUGCCAACUUAAUUGGAUCGCCCAUAUAAUUAUAUAUAACAACUGUUUGCUGAACAUCUUGUACAACAUUCCACUUAAAAAAAGCUACAGUCAACAGGCACACUUGAGAAUAAUUUACAUCAAGCCCAACAUAAGCCCAGCAUUAGACCAUAUACAGAUAUAUAUAAAUAAAUAUAUAUAUAUAUAUAUAUGACAAAGCAUAUAAUUUUGUAAGAUAACUGAAUGAAGAAAGUUGUAAGCCUAAGAGAAACCCUAAAUCUAAAUAAAUACCAGAACAAACAUAAACUAUGUCAGUUAACAA